AUGGAGAAUUGUAGCAACAAAUCAACUUUGUUUCUCACAAGCGCUUUCAUUGGCCUCCUGAUUGCUACCCAUGCUUGUGCUACUGUUCUUAUGCCUCGCCAGAUGAUUGCCGCUCAAGCCAACACCCGCAUGAUGUCAGAGGGCUGUCCGAAUCAUGGAGGUGCUCAAACAGCUUGCUCAGUGGUGUCUGGAAACUGGAGCACCAAGUCAUAUAACUGCCCCAAAAGCACGAUCUCGGCAGCGGCACUCAUGACUGUUACUGAUGCGAUCCUCAUAGACACCAAGAAUGCUAAGAAAGUCACGACUUGGCCAGGUUUCCCGACCACCUGUAAAGGCGAAAAAUACUAUGUUGAUCAUGGUUCUUGGACCUUGUUUUACUCUGUCGCAGCUACGUGUCAGUGCAAAGAUGAUGUGACUCCAGAUUGCAAUGGUGCAACUGGACUGAGUGAAAAAGCUUGUAACAUUGCCAGCUUUGACCUUUGUGGUUUGAUUGAAAAGGAUAACCCAUCAGUUCCUUGUACGGCUGCCUAA